AUGUCUGCAUACGAGAUCAAAGACCCCGAGAAGGGGCCCAGCCCCUCGAUGAAGCUGGCCUUGGACGAGCAGACCGGCGUCACGCACUUCAUCGGCGGCGACGAUCUGGAGAACACUGCCGAGAUCACGCAUCGUGGCCUCAAGAGUCGUCACGCCCAGAUGAUCGCCCUGGGUGGAACAAUUGGAACAGGUCUUUUCGUCGGGUCCGGCCAAACGCUUGCCAAUGGCGGUCCGGCCUUCAUCCUGGCGGGCUACAUCCUGAUGACGUUCCUUGUUCUCUGUGUCGUGACCGCCAUCACGGAGGUGGCCGCCUAUCUGCCGGUCCACGGUGCCAGCAUGUCCUACUACGGCUACCGCUACGUGUCGCGGUCCUUUGGCUUCGCCCUCGGCUAUCUGUACUGGUACGCCCUGGGCAUCCUGGUGCCCUACGAGAUCACCGCUGCCGGUCUGGUCAUCAACUACUGGCCCAACGACGUCAACAUUGCUGUCUGGAUCACGAUCAUGAUGGUCGUCAUCGUCGCACUCAACUUUAUGCCCGUGCGCUUCUACGGCGAGACCGAGUUCUGGUUUGCCGGAACCAAGGUGAUCAUGAUGAUCGGCCUCCUGAUGCUUUCCUUUAUCCUCUUCUGGGGUGGCGGCCCGUCUCGCGAUCGGCUGGGCUUCCGCUACUGGAAGCAUCCGGGCGCCGCCUUCACCUGGGGCCAUCUGACCGGCAACACCGGUCUCUUCGUCUCAUUUUGGCACACCUUCAUCUCCUGCGUCUUCCCCUUCACCUUUGCGCCCGAGCUGAUCGUCGUGACCGGCGGCGAGAUGGAGAACCCGCGCCGCAAUUUGCCUAUCGCCUCGCGCCGCUACUUUUACCGUCUCGUCUUCUUCUACAUCUUCUCCGUCCUCGCCAUCGGCGUCAUCUGCCCGGCCAACGACCCCCGGCUCACCGACGGAGGCGCCGGUGCGGGCUCCUCUGCCUUUGUCGUCGCCAUCUCCAACGCCAGCAUCCCGGUCCUCCCGCACAUCAUCAACGCCGUCAUCCUUAUCUCGGCCUGGUCUUCGGGCAACUCCUUCCUCUACAUCUCCAGCCGCUCUCUCUACACGCUCUCGCUUCAGGGCUCUGCGCCCAAGUUCUGCAGCGCCUGCAACCGCUGGGGCGUUCCCUACGUUGCCGUCGGCAUCAGCUCUCUCUUCUGCGGUCUGGGCUACCUCAAUGUCGCCUCGUCCGGCUCCGUCGUGUUCAACUGGUUCGUCAACCUCACCAACACCUGGGGCAUGAUCUCCUGGGUGUGCUGCUCGAUAGUCUACCUGCGCUUCCGCAAGGCCUGCAAGGCCCAGAGCAUCGAGACACCGUAUCAGCACUGGCUGCAGCCGUGGGGGUCGUACAUCUCCAUCUUCAUGUUCACCCUGGCCUGUUUGACCAACGGAUUCACCGUCUUCUGGCCGGACAAAUGGUCCGCCAGCAGUUUCCUGACAGACUACAUCGGUAUUCCCAUAUUCCUCGUUAUGUACUUUGGCCACCGCGCGUGGUUCUAUAAAGAUAAAUGGGCUAUCCCAGCUGAGGAGGUUGACAUGACAACUGGCCUGCAGGAGGUCCUUGACGCAGAAAAGCCCAUGAAGGAGCGCGUCGGAUGGACCAAGUAUUUAUGGGCUUUAAUAGAGUAA